CAAGCCACCACGACUAAGACCCCGGAACUCUCCAACACCCAACAGCGGCGACCAGACGACCAAUGCAAGGCCACCGAUUCUACAAGUACAAGUGUAUACGGCCUACAAGACAAUAAUAUACCUCAGCGAGAGUAGCAAAAAUACCGAUUGGCACAAUUACAAGUGAACAGCUACUACACCAUACGGGGUUCGAGCUGUUAUGGAAGUCCAUUGUACGAGGAAGCAACCAAGAACUUCGGCGCGUGAUGCUAUGCGUAAAAAACGUUUUUUGACUUCUACUAGUGCAUGGAGUAUUCGGCUGACGAUAUCGCAGCAGCAAGGAGCUUGCAGUUCACUAUGUAUAUAUAUACGUCGUUGGCUACAUUCUGGACCUAUGAUUAUGUGUGUUCAAUUCAUGAAGAGUGGACAUAUUUGUUUCAAUCGCAAUGGGGCAGGAUGAAAGGCAUGUAUAUCGUUACACGAUACCUCCCCUUUAUCCUUCUCGCCACGGAUCUGUAUCUGAGCUUUACCCCGGAUGAAAACCCAGGUAAAUGCCGGACGUUGGACAGUAUUAGCACAGGGUUAGGCAUGCUAUUAGUCAUUUGCUCCGAGUGCUUUUUCAUCCUUAGAACAUAUGUGCUCUGGGACAACAAUAGACUCCUGCUCGUAGCCAUGCUGUCCACCUUUUUUUGUUUUGUCGUAGCAUCCAUCAGCAUUGCCUUCGCUACUACCGUCCCUGCAGCACAUACGAGUAGCCAGAUCCCCGGAAUUACAGGGUGCUACCGAAGUUCGACCAAUUACCAGCUUUUCAUAUCAUUUCUUUUCCUUUUUGUAUUCGAACUGGAACUCAUGAUCCUCACAUUCAUACGUGCCAUACAGACCUGGCGGACAAACCCAAACCGUCUGUACGCUAUCCUGGUGCACCAUAAUCUAGCCUAUUAUGCAUGCGGUCUUCUGUUCUCGGUAGCGAACAUAUUCACAUCGCUGCUCCUUCAUGACGCCUACCAGACCAUUUUGGAUGGUUUCCAGUUCAUGAUCCUUGCAAUCCUCGCCACGCGCAUGCACCUCUAUCUCUGGCAGGUGAACCGACAAACACACGGCUCUGGAGACUUUACGCAUAUUCCAAUGUCCGACCUGUCGUUUGUGACUUCCACGGCGUAAUAUCUUAUCCUAUGACUUGUUCGUGGAGCGAGGCUUGAUCUAGUUCGUUACGUGUUUACUUUAUAGGAUGUCUGUCUUGGCGUGGGAGGAGUAUUUGGCCUAUUUAAUACCUGUAGUUUCCACUGAGAGGCAGCGGGUUCAGGAUCUAUGAUUUGAGUGUGUUAGAGCCAAACGCACAGCCUGACGGCAACAAACAUCAUGAUACAGGCUUGCCCUAGUUGCAGAAGUCAAAAUUGGCUUGGCAUCGUUUAUUUCAUCAGAAGCCCAUCAUGCGUUCUCCA